UCGCAAAAUCACAGGAGUGAACGUCGCGUUGGAAAGUCGCCUUUUCGUUUGGUUCUGGUGUUUUUUUCUCCUGAUACCACGGCGCUCGAGGGGCUAAAAACUGUGCGGUUUCCGGAAGGUUCUUUUACACAGCGACAGAAAACGUGCGUGACUCGAGUAAAGAAAAAAAAACCAUUUCGCCAAAAAAGUGAAUGACACGAGAAAUUCGUUUAACAAAAAACGCGUGUAUGCAUCUUAUUUGCAUAUGAAAUUGUCCCUUAAGCGAGCUGACACUAACCGUUAAUACACGUACGACUUUGUAGUAGUUAUGCAGUUGCGAAAAUAGGUGGGCAUUGAAGUAGGGAAUAGCCGUCGUGGAGCAGGUAAAACGGCACGUUAAAACGCGACACGCAGGUUAAAAAAGCGAAUAAAAAUAUACGUCGUUGAAGAGAAGUGUAUAUGCGCGCGUGUGUAUUCCAAAAGUACAAAACAGAUAUAGUGCGCGAAGCGAUCGACGACAGGAGUGGUGUUCGUUGUAACGGAGACGUGCGUGCUCUCCCAAAAACUCCGGUGUAACCGGCGUACCAAUUCACAUACUCGAGUACGACAUUGGUUAUUGUAAAGAAAAAAAAUGGCGGCCGAAAUGCAAAACAAGAAUCGUAUGAUGGUUUUCAAGAACAAAGGAAAAGAUCAGGAGGAAAUGAGAAGAAGACGAAACGAAGUGACUGUCGAAUUACGAAAAAACAAACGAGAGGAGACUCUUCAGAAACGACGAAACGUACCUAUAACAGACUCAACGGACGAAGACGAUAUUGAGAGAACACUCUCAAAGAUUAACUUGAAAGAACUCGUUGAGAAGGCAGCCAGUUCGAACCCAACUGAACAGUUGCAAGCUGUACAGUCCGUUCGGAAGUUACUUUCAUCAGAUCGGAAUCCACCAAUUGACCCGCUUAUCGAGAGUGGAAUAUUGCCAAUUUUGGUACAUUGUCUUGAACAGGAAAAUAGUCCUUCCCUGCAGUUUGAAGCUGCAUGGGCUUUGACGAACAUUGCCAGUGGAACAUCGGAACAAACGCAAGCAGUCGUAGCUGCCGGUGCUGUGCCACAUUUCCUUCAUCUGCUACUAUCGAGUCAACAAAAUGUUUGUGAACAGGCAGUUUGGGCGUUAGGUAAUAUUAUCGGUGAUGGACCGGCGCCGAGAGAUUACGUGAUUAAUCUUGGUGUCGUAGAACCUCUGUUAACGUUUAUUAAGCCCGACAUACCAAUAACGUUUUUACGCAACGUCACGUGGGUCAUCGUAAACUUAUGUAGAAAUAAAGAUCCACCACCACCGGUUCAAACGAUAAAAGAAAUAUUGCCAGCUCUUAACAUCCUCAUUCAUCAUACGGACGUUAACAUUCUCGUUGACACGGUGUGGGCACUGAGUUACCUGACCGAUGGUGGUAACGACCAAAUCCAAAUGGUCAUUGACAGUGGAGUCGUUCCACAAUUGAUUCCGUUACUAUCGCACAAGGACGUAAAGCUUCAAACGGCUGCCUUAAGAGCAGUUGGAAACAUCGUAACCGGCACUGACGAACAGACGCAAACAGUUUUGAACUGUCAAGCACUUUCGCAUUUCCCGAAUCUACUUACUCACUCGAAGGACAAAAUUUGCAAAGAGGCCGUGUGGUUCCUAUCGAACAUAACAGCAGGAAAUCAAUCGCAGGUCGAGGCUGUAUUAGAAGCUGGUCUUUUGCCCCUCAUCAUACGCAACUUAUCCAAGUCGGACUUCCAAACUCAAAAGGAGGCAGCAUGGGCAAUUAGCAAUAUGACGAUAAGCGGCAACAGGGACCAGGUUGCACGAUUGAUACAAUUUGGCGUUAUCGAACCUUUCUGCGAGCUUCUCUCGUGCAAAGACGUCCAGGUUCUACAGGUAGUACUCGACGGUAUCAAUAAUAUGCUCAGACUCGCUGGGCCGGAGGUUGAACAAUUGGCCAACAUGAUCGAAGAAUGUUCCGGUUUGGAUAAAAUCGAGGCACUGCAGAACCACGAAAACGUAGACAUUUACAAAUUAGCUUACGAUAUUAUUGAACAAUACUUUUCGGAAGAGGCUGACGAUACGAAUCUUGCACCGCCGGUUGGAGAAGGAGCUUUCGAAUUCGAUCCCACGACGACUAUUCCAAGCGAAGGUUUCAAAUUCUGAGACGACCUCAUCGUUCCCUAUCCAAUCGUGCCGUCCCCUGACAAACAUAAUUAUCACCACCACAGCAGCGGAGCGAUUUUGCUUCCUCUUUCCUUCACCGACACGAAGUCUUUGUUCCGAUGAUAUGACGAAGUGACGGCCACGGCCAUCGUAACAAUCGAGAAUCGAAGAAUUUCAUAGUUUUAUUUCGUGUGAUGCAUGCGCAUCAACGGAUGAAAUAAUUAUGAGAAUAAAUAGCAUGGACGAUGAAAAUCAUUGGUAAACAAGUAACAAGACGAAAAACGAAAAAAAAAACAAACAAAAAAAAAUCGUAAACAACAAACACCGGGGGCCUUCUUGAACGCAUGUAUCACCGAGAAGAAUAACAACGAGAAUCCGUGGCCAUCAAUCGAGAUAAAAGCCCCGAGAAAGUAUGAACGCGAACUUUUACAAAAGGAGCAAGUUAUCAUAAACUUUACACGAAUCGACCGUCUUUUGUUCUUUUCAUCUUCUUCUUCUUCUUCUUCUUCUUCCAUUUAAUUUACUGAUAAACAUUACAUUUUUAUUGCAUAUUAUUAUUGAAGUAACAAGUCUACAAACAAAAUAAAAACUACUGAUGCUAGAUAUAUAUGACGACACUCGUAUAUUCCUAUUUGAAGAACAAAACAAACGUGUAAUUAUGGAUAAUUUGAUUUAUUUUUCAACUGCACGUUAGACAAAGAAAAAAGACGUUUUUUCUCAUGAUCGAUGAUGCUUCAUCGAUCCCUCGUACGGGUCGGGUGUCUUGGUUAUUCGUGUUACUUUGAAUGAAAGAAAAAGAAAACAAUUGAGAAAACAUACGUUUCGUGUAUAUUUUAGGCAAGUUAAAUUUAUAGUGAUAUUGGAUUACUAAAUAAAUGAAUCAAUUGACUACUUCGCGAUUAGUAGGCAUUAAUUAAUAUGAUAACACGUUCUUCUGUACGGAACAAGCGAAAACAAUAAAAAAGAGAAAAACGCA